GUGUGUGUGUGUGUGCUGAAAAGCUUUGAGGCUGCCGAGCUGCUGUUCAGUGAGCAGCAGACCUCGGGCUUCGCAGACAGAUUGUUCUAUGCGCGAUGCCUUCCCCGAUCCCUGUAACCCGACUACUGCCCAGAGACAUCUACCCCUCUCUGGACAUUGGGACCUGCAGCAGCCCGCUAACAAAACAGUCCCACGGCUCCACCUUACAAGUCCCCCUUCAGCGUCUCCACGGCAGAGUUGCAAGUCGGCUCUGGUCCUCUGUGAUCCACUGGAAGGAGCUACGAAACGUGCAGCCUGUGGGCUCCGGCGGAUUCGGCUCCGUGUACAAGGCGGAGUACAUCGGUGAGACCGUUGCGCUGAAGAGGGUCAAGAAGUGCACUAAGAACAAGCUGGCUUCCCGGCAGAGCUUCUGGGCCGAACUGAACGCAGCACACCUGCGCCACAGAAAUAUCGUGCGCGUCAUCGCCGCUACCACCUGCGUGCCGGCCGAUUUUGGAGACGAAAGCAGCAUAGGAACGAUACUCAUGGAGUUUGUUGGGAGUAGAAAUCUGCAACAGAUCAUCUACGGCUGUGCAGAACUGCUGGGGGAGGACGGGUGGCUCAGGUACUCCACAGACAUUGUACACGGCUUGCAGUUCCUGCACUCCCACAGCGUUGUGCAUCUGGACAUAAAGCCAGCCAACGUGUUGGUGUCCAGUAAGGACGUCUGCAAAAUUGUCGAUUUCGGCUGUUCUCUUAAACUGGACCACGGGUGUGAAGCGACCUCUAUCAGCCCCCGUCUGAGCCACGUAGGCGGGACAUACACUCACAGAGCCCCAGAGCUGCUUAAGGGCGAGGGAGUGUCUCCUAAAGCGGAUAUCUUCUCUUUCGGGAUCACCCUCUGGCAGCUCUUCACCAGAGAGCAGCCCUACACCGGCGACAGGCAGCACGUGCUUUACGCGGUUGUGGCGCACAAUUUGCGGCCACCUGUCCAGGGCCAUCCGGCGUUCCAGUCGGAGCAGGGAAGGCUAUGUAGGGCUCUGCUAAGCCGGUGCUGGAGCGGAGAGGCCCGCUGCAGACCUAGUGCCCAGGAACUGCUUCCUCAUCUGGAGCAGCUGCGCUCCCAGAUAUGAGUUUAUUUUAAAGCUGGAGCACAUGGCAGCUCAUAAAUCGGACACGUUUUAGUAACGUUUUAGUACUGUUUAGUAGUGGUGGACCUACACAUUUUCUUAUGGUCAGGUCAUGCCAGAUCCCGUUCAAAAACUAUACAGUUAAGUGCCUUCAAAGCAGCAAAUGUACCUCACGAAAUUUAAAUUUGCUAGAUUAUCAUAAAAUGAUGUACCUUUAAAUUCGGCACUACUUAUAAAAUACUAAUAAAAAUAAACAGCUGUGAUUGUUUUUUUCCCCUCGAUUGAUCCAUUUUUGACUGCAAAUUUUCUCAGGUGAAACGUAAUGUGAGUUGUACAGUGUCAGUUACUAUGUGCAUAAUUUAAGUGGCUCCUUAUGAGUAAUCAGUGACACUGUACAAUUGUUUUCUCAACACUGUGAGGCUUAAUCGUGCUGCUAAGGAAAGCAUCUUUAAAAUGUCCUAUAUUUGAGUGGAAUUUGGUCCUUUGAAGCAAAGCCGCUACACUGUUAUACAUAAACAUCCUCAUAAUUUUCACCUUAAUUUUUAAAGAAGCUGUUACUUGCACAAAAUAAAUUAAUUUGGACAGAUGUGCCAUUCAGCCCAUUGGCAUAUUAAAACUACAUUUUAGAUUCACUGGUGGUUAAAGUACAGUUUGUCAGCACAAUAUAUGAGUACUCCCACCAAAUAAAUAAAUCCUAUUUUAUCUGAGUUUCUUUAGUUCAGCCCUGUUAAAAUGUCAUUGUCAUUUCGUUAACCUUCUCAAAACAGCCAGCCACACUUACUGUGCAAGUAAGACUUUGUUUUAGCCAUUUUUUCUUAAAAUAUGCACUCCAAAUGUGUUGUGAAUUGAGUUUUA